AUGGUGGUGGCAGCCCUGCAGAGCUCCCCAGACACUGCCCCAGGGGCAGAGCUCCUCCCAGAGGGUUAUUGCAGCCAGGAACUGGGCAAAGGUCGGGGAAGCUGGGCGUAGCCUUGUGCUUUCUGCAGCUCUGCUGGGUGCUGUGAGGGACCUCUCUGUUGGUGGGGCUCCCUUGGAGAAGAAGCCCUGGGGGGCUGCCAGCCCCCUGGGGGACCUCUCAGAUGGGGCUCCCCUGGGGCUGUGGCCACCCCAGCCUCACCAGCCAUGCCAGGGGCCUCCUCACUUUGCUCGUCACUCUGCUCCUCCUCCGGCUGGGCUCAGCCCAGCUCAGAGUGGUGGGACCAGACCACCCCCUCACUGCCACCGUGGGGCAGGAUGUCGUGCUGCCCUGCCACUUGUCCCCUCAACGGGAUGCUCGCACCUUGGAGGUCAGGUGGAUUCGGCACAGGUUAUCUGAGACAGUGCACCACUACCGCAAUGGAGAGGACCUGUACAGGGAGCAAAUGGGGGCGUAUGCUGGGAGGACAGAGUUGGCCAGAGAUGGUCUCUCUGCUGGAAGCCUGGACUUGCGAAUAACGGGACUGAGACCCUCUGAUGAUGGCCAGUACGUCUGCACUGUGGAAGAUGCUGAUGAUUAUGAUGAAGCCAUUGUGGAGCUGGAGGUGUCAGCCACAGGUACUGACCCCCACCUCUCCCUGGGGGGCUACGAGGCCGGAGGCGUCCAGGUGCUGUGUCGAUCGGCCGGCUGGUACCCGCUGCCGCAGCUGCUGUGGAGGGAUGCUCGUGGGCAGCAUCUGCCCUCGGUGUCCCAGACACAUUCCCAGGACCAGGAGGGGCUCUUUGAAAUCGAAGGCGCGGUCAUCGUGACUGGGAGCGUGGAGGGGCCCUUGUCCUGCGUGGUCAGGAGCAGCCGCCUCCAGCAGGAGUGGAAAUAUUCCCUGCACAUCGCAGCUCCCUUCUUCCACAACGCCCAGCCCUGGAUGGUGGCUCUGGCUCUGGUCCUCGUGCUUUUUGCUCUGUCCGUUGGCCUCGGUGUUUAUCUCUUUCGAAAGAAAGCAGCAAAAAAGGAUGCAAAGCUGGUGAAACAAGCUGCAGAGAUAGAGGAAAAAGAUGCAAGACUGGACGAACAAGCUGCAGAGCUGGAGAAACAAGCCGCAGAGCUGGCAUGGAGAAGGUUUCUGCUGCCUCAUAAUAGAGGUAGGUGUGCAUUGGGUUGCCCUCUGCGGUGCUUCUCCUGCCCUUGCUGGGGCAUGUUCAGGAGCCAAGAGGUGCCCCAUCUCGUGCCCCGUGGGGCAGCUCCUGGCCCCGAGCUGGGGAAAGCCUGCCCAGGGCUGAGCUCUGCCCCUGAUGGCCUGGCUCCUUCUGUCCCUGCAGUGAAGGUGACCCUGGAUCCGGACACGGCUCAUCCUGACGUUGUUGUGUCUAAGAACAACAAGAGUGUGAGACGGGAAAGUAAACGGCAACAGGUGCCCAACACACCAAAGAGAUUUGACAACCGGUGCUGCGUGCUAGGCCAUGAGGAGUUCAGAGAGGGGAGGCACUGCUGGCAGGUGGAGGGGCAGGAGGAGAGCCUAAAGUAUUCACGGUGGGGUGUGGGGGUUGCCAGGGCAUCUGUGAAGAGGAAGGGGUGGAUCGACAUGAGCCCUGAAGAAGGGAUCUGGGCUGUGCAGUACAUUGAGGGGCAGCUCAAGUCUCUCACAUCUCCUCGUACCCCCUUGUCCCUGUCCCCUUUCCCCACGAGGAUCUGGGUCUGUCUGGACUGUACCCAGGGACAGGUGUCUUUUAUCAACGCUGACAAUGGGGUCGAGAUCUUCACUUUCACAGCAGCCUCCUUCAAUGGGGAGAGCAUCCGCCCCUGGUUCUGGCUGGGGAUGAAUGCCCAGCUGUGCCUGAGGGACAGCACCUUGUAGACCCUGUCCCCAGCCCUGGGGGGCUCCUGCCCUUCUCCAGCCAUUCCUGGAUCACCUCUCCUUGAUCCUGCAGGAGCAGCGCAGGAAUGAGGGUCAAUGGGGCCAGGGGCUGCUCUGUGCUCCUCCCUGCUGCUGGAGGAGGGCUGGGAUGCUGCAAGCAGGGGCAAGGCCCCUUGCAGACCCUGGGCUCUGCCCAGCACAGGGCUCCUGUGCUGGGGCACAAGCCCUGCUGGCACUUGCGGGUCUCA